CCUAAUGCCGGCAAGGUCGUACUGUUGCUAUUGUUCUGUAUCUUUCGAUCACAGCAUUACGCCCUCUUCCUCCUCCCGCACUCGUCUCCUCUCUCCCUCUUUUCUGUUAGUGCUCGGAGGUUAGUCAAGUGAUUUUAGCUUCCUGCCUGCUUCCGAGGAAUUUUUCCAUCCCUAGAAUGAAGGGAGGGAAGGGGAAGGCUUCAACCAAGAAAGAGACUCCAGAAGCACUAAAGCCAGCUGAUGACAAAAGAGUUGGGAAACGCAAAGCUGCUGUGAAGGCUGAUAAGACUAGCAAAAGUAAGGGCAAAAAGGAUACGAAGGCAAAGAAGGACCCUAACAAGCCAAAAAGGCCUCCUAGCGCUUUCUUUGUUUUCCUUGAAGAGUUCAGGGAGAUUUACAAGCGAGAGCAUCCAAAUGUGAAAGCUGUGUCAGUUGUUGGUAAGGCUGGAGGCGAGAAAUGGAAAUCACUGACUCGUGCUGAAAAGGCUCCCUAUGAAGCUAAAGCUGCAAAAAGGAAGAACGAAUAUGAAAAGCUGAUAUCAGCUUACAAUAAGAAGCAGGAAAGCAAUGUUGAUGAUGGUGAUGAGGAGUCUGAUAGGUCAAAGUCUGAAGUUAAUGAUGAAGAUGAGGAGGAAAGUGGAGAGGAUGAAGAUGAUGAGGAUGACAAUGAGGAUGAGGACUAAAGCUUAUAACUUUAAGUUUAGGGUCGGUUAUUUGAAUCCUGCAUUGAAACUGCUUUCUGUAUGGCCAUGCUAGAGGCAUUAAGUAAUUGUCUUUUGAUAUGUUUAAUGUUGCAACCUUUAUGUCUGUUACUACUUUGAUCCUAAGUAUUAAUAUAUUUGUUGGCCAAGUGCUUUCUGUAGCAUA